AAGGCAUCUUGGAAGAAGAUUGGCAACACAUAAUAAAAAAAGUGAAAGCAUGGUCCGCUUGGCGUCUAUGCACUUUUAUAGUAUGCUCGUCCCGUCCGAAGGACCUCUUCCAGCCAUCUUAGCAGGUAAGUACAUUUGUGAUGCGAAUCAGUGGUUGCGACCGCAUUUACUGACCCUUGCUAACAUUGAGGUGAAAACAGUUUAUAGGAGGUCGAUCAUGUCGACUUCAGGCGAGGAACGCUCUCAGGAAGUAUUCCAAAAGUUCAAAUCGCUAUGUGUUCCUUUGCUAGGCCAGUCUAGUCUGAGUCCUACGUCUCUACCCACAGUCUCCAAGCUAUUGGUCGACAUCAUCCUCACUCUUCGCCAGACUCAAGAGACAGGAUUCAAAUUGAAGCCGUCCCUCAUCUCGUACAUAUUCUUUCCCAUAUCCACCAUUCUCCGGCGCAACACAAUGCAAACCAUCCCCGACCAGAUUCUGGAGCAGCUGUUCACCGUGCUCGCUUUGCUAUGCGAAAGCUGGUGGUGGGACUUCGACGAGCAGACAUGGGAGCAGCUGUUCAUGCUUUGCAGCGCGGUAAUCGGAGGGCUUGGGGGCAAGGGCAAGGAAAAGCAACGAAGUGAUGAAACCAAAGAGGCCGCAGCGAGGUGUCUAUGGUCUCUCCUGCAUGAGCGCAAACAGGAUGAAGACCCGCAGAGUCAACAAGAUCGGAGCUCUGCCAAUCUUGCCAAAUAUCAACGACACGCUCGUCGAGAGAACUUCGUUCCGGUGAUGGGACAAACAAUCAAUUCGCUGCUGUCCACAGCUGAAUCCCAGCAUCGUCCACUACAGAAGGUCUCGCUUACCCUGCUACAUGUUUUGAUCAAGAACUAUCUACCCGACUACUUUAUUCCUUCUAUAUUACCAGGCAUUGUCAGCAGCAUGUGCAAGGUCGCUUCAGGUCGUGCUGCGCGGAAGGGCUGGGCGAAUGGCGACGUUGUCGCUUUAUCUCUCAGAACGAUGCAGGAAGUUAUCGUCAAAUCUGUCAGCGAUGACCUUUGUAUCCGCGACGGAGCGGUACAUGCAACCCAGGACUUGGAUGAUCUGGUACACCUCACUGAUGAUAAGAGUAGUCUAUCUGCUCCUACCCCUCCAAGGUCUAAAUAUGCAGUAUCCCGUUCGCCCAGCUGGCUAAAUGGCACGGCGUCUCAGCUGCAUAUUGCGUUAAACUCUCUCCAUCCUCUGGUGUCUCAUCCUAGGGCUUCCGCGCUUAUCGCGUUGGCCGAAUUUGCUGCUGUGAUACUUCGGGAAACCUUGCUCACUCUACCACAGUCUCAAGUUCUCCUACUUUCAUUCUUGUUGUCGCUCUCAACGUCGGACUUCGAUGCUGUGUCGACCACCGCACAUGACCACCUCUUACAUCUCCUGCAACCGUCAACCACAUCCAGUGCUGCAUUAUUGCCGGUGCUGUUGCAAAUCUCAAGAGACAAUCUCACUGCGCUACCGCGUUUGUUGCCUCUACACUCCGAUGCAAAGGUUGAGCACGCCGCAAAGAUUGUCAGUGCAGUUUGCGAUCUUGCGAAGCCAAACUAUCCAGAGUAUGGCAUCAACAUUAUAUCAAAAGGGGUAGGCGUGCUACUGGGUGCGAAUGGCGGAAUAGAACGAUGGGGAUGGGGGCUUCUUUCCGCCAUGGAAAUCUCUUCACCGUCUAUCUCUCAAACCGAUGGUUCUACCGGCUUGUUGAUAUUGGAAAGUGGUGAACCGUCGUCAAACCUCCCCACUUUCCCUCAACUCACGUUGAGACACGUGUCAUCACAUUCUACCCAAGCGGCUUUGGACAAUAUGUUCAAAUCAUUAGGUAGAGCUGCCGGAGAUCAUGCCAUAUUCGCCAUUGAAUGGUUCCUCAGUGUUGCAUACAAUAGUAGAGGAAGCCAGUCUGUCGCGGCGCUCUGGUGUGCUUCUUACCUGUUGGAGGGCAUCAGCUCAGUUUCCCUAACCUCUGAAAACACACAUGCGGGCUUACCCAAACAAUCAAAACGUCUGGAGAAGUUCGCUCGCGGUCUCGUGAGGUCAAUUGCUGACGAAUGGGACAAGGAGCCAGACAUCGAAGUAACAGCAGGUCCUGGCGAUGACACUCAUUCCGGUCUGACUGAUGUUGCUCAAGUGGAACACGUCCGUGGGCUGAUUCCCAUCCGAGAAACCUCGCGACAUGAACCAUCCCUCCCAUCGAUGAACAUUCACCCGUCAUCUUCUCAGCCGUUAUUGCACAAGGCGUUAUCGCUUCGACUACUGGCAUUGUCUGCUGGUAUUCUUCAAGCCCGCUUCACGCCAUUAUUACUCCAUGCAUUAUACCCCAUCCUGCAUUCGUUGAUUUCGCAGUCUCCACAUUUAUCUACCACUGCGUUGGCAACCCUGCAGUACAUUUCGAACGCAACAUCAUACGCUACACCAGUCAACAUGUUGCUAUCAAAUUUCGACUAUGCAUUGGACGCUGUAUCUCGACGCCUUACCAGACGUUGGCUCGACAUUGAUGCCACAAAGGUCCUUGCAUUGCUCAUUCGUCUGGUUGGUCGAGAUGUGGUUCAGCAAACUGGCGACGUUGUGGAAGAAUGUUUUGAUCGUCUUGAUGAAUAUCAUGGUUACGAGGUGAUAGUGGAUGGCCUUGUAGCCGUCCUUGCAGAGGUCGUCACUGUCAUUGCAAUGGAUUCUGAAGGCGACGAGGUCCCAGAGCCGGAAGGUGAUAGUCGAGAGAGCGUAGUCUCUCAAGAUGACAAGAUGCAAGAAUUCCUUACCUGGUUCUCGAAACGGCAUGAAUCAAUGGAUACAACUGAGGGUGACGCUGACGUAGGGCCCGUCCCGCAACAAGCUUGGGGUCAGAAUGAGAAUGCUGAGCCCCAAAACGCUGCUGGGGACAAGGAGACCAAUCCGCUUGACGAGCCCCCAGUCACGCCGACUCAAGCUCUGACUACGCAAAUUGUGGCUCGGGCAAUGUACUUCCUCACUCACAACUCGCCUUUGAUUCGUGCACGCAUCCUUUCAUUGCUUGCCUCUGCGGCAACAGUUCUGCCAAGUUCAUCUCUUCUGCCAUCAGUUCAUCACGCGUGGCCGUUCAUUUUGAACCGUCUGUCGGAUCCUGAACCAUUCGUUGUCAGUGCAGCAGUUUCUCUUGUGGAGUCGCUCUCCGUCCAUUACGGCGAUUUCAUGUAUCGCAGAAUUUGGGAUGAUAUCUGGCCGAAAUUCAAGACAAUGCUGGCCAAACUUGACGAGUCAGAUGCAAAGAAUGCACUCGCUCGAGGUGGCCAUGGCGCUGUUGGGACGGAAUCUGCCUACACUCAUUCGCACCGAACCUACAAAGCGUUAUUGACCACGAUGCGAUCAGCUGCGAAGCAUGUUCAGAUCCAGGAUUCUUCGGUGUGGGAAGUGAUAGUAUCAUUCAGGCGAUUUCUGCAUAGCGAAGCACACGGUGAAUUGCAGUCUCUGGCGAGAGAUCUGUAUAGCGAAUUGGCCAAGAAUAAUGAGGACGCUGUAUGGUUUGCCCUUUCUGCUACCCAACAGCAGCUGGGUCCAUGGAAGUUCCUUCAGGAGGACAGGUGGAAUAUAAGUGAAAAUACAUGUAAGAUACUAGCUUGACCUUCAUACAAUACGGAACCCUGUUCCAAAGGUGCCAAUUUAUCGCUCUGGUGGUGGUGCAUGUCGACGGAUUGUUACUCCCGCUUCUUUGAAUAGUGCGGCCGAGGCAUCAUCACUAAUAAACCAUUAGUCUGGCUCGACGUAAUGUAGUUAUACUCACACUUUGUAACUUAAGUUAUAAACUACCUCCUUGACACCGGUCUGAAUGAUCUUGAUUGUGCACCUGAGGCAGGGGCAA